UUUUUGUUAUCUACAAAUUGUUCGAAAUUAAUCUCAGCUGAUAAUCUUGAUGUCUCACGCAUUUCAGAUGCGUCCGGUAUUUAUGUAGCUACCUCAUGUACAGACAAAACGUUGUGCGUGUACGAUUAUUAUAGUGGUGAAUGUAUGGCUACUAUGGUUGGUCACUCGGAACUGGUGACAGGUUUGCGCUUCAGUCCAGACUGUCGUCAUCUUGUAUCUGCAAGCGGCGAUGGCUGUGUGUUUGUAUGGCGUGUUCCGCAUGAUAUGGUCGUGACCAUGCAAGCUCGUUUGGCUCAACAAGCAAUGCGCGCCGGCAAGAGACCGCUCCAAGUCAACGGUGACGGAAUCAAUGUGCGAUUGGAUAAUGAAACUUUCGGGUCGCCUCCACCGGACUUCCUCGAUCCUAAUGCAAAUCCAACGCCUCAGAGUGUAGAUUAUAGAUUUAGCGUCGGUCAGUUGCCAUUAUGGGCUAAGAAACAAAUAAAUACCACAAAUGUUGAUGAUAGUGCAAUGCUGAGCUCAAGUGUCAGAUCUCUUGGUGUGGAUCUGCCAAAGGGACGAUGGGCGCAAAGAGUUCAACAGGGCGACGGUAUCACUGUAAAAUCCGUUUAUGAUAGCGAUGAAGUUAUACCAUUUCCUCCGUCGCGCAGUGUCAUUGAUUCGGAUGGUGGUGGUGGCGGUGGUGGCUCGAAAGAUAGCUCCAUUGAUAGUGGCACAGAGACGAAAUGUAGCAGCGACUAUCCUCGAGAAACGAUAAUUACUAAAAGAGAAGAAGAGGAGAGUAUAUUUCAACCUUGUCCCAAAAGUUAUAGAGAGAUAGAAAAUGAAACAAAACAGCUGAUUGGCGAUAAGGUUACAGUAAGAAGUAACAAUAUUACGGAAUUGACACGUCAAUCGAGGAGUCGUCAUCACACCGAUGAUAGCAGUCUUGGCAGCUUUAAAUUUGAGGAUCAUGAAAGUACUGAACAUGACGGGGAUGUCGAAGAUUAUUCCGAAGGAGAAAAUGGAACAACUGGUUCUGAAAAGUCACACCAUAGAUUAAUGUAUUAUCCCCCACCAGAAGAUAUUGUGUCAAAUCAGUUUACGGUUAAUGCGAUGGACGUUGAAGAGCUUCGAAGGUCGCAAAGGCGCCAACGAAAGUUGAAAAACGCAGAAAAUGGUCGGACAAGCGAAUUAACCGCAUCUGGUAGUCAAGAUGAAUCUGAUUCAGAAGGCGGAGCAUCAACUCCUAGCGCCGAGAGAAAUCCGUUAUCUAUGUUAUCUGAAGCUAGCUCGGAAGGUUUUGAUCAGCUUGCUAAACAAAGUCACAGAGAAAAAUAUCUGAAGAAUGCCUUCGAAUCGCUUAGUGGCGCGGAGGAACCAUCAAAUCGUGUAAAAGCAACAAGUAUUAGCUCUCAGUUUCACGGAAGACUCAGUGGUGUUGAAGGUAACACCACUGCCAAAAUACAUAAUGCAGCAGUGGUUAAUGCAACAAAACAUGCAAGAGGCGACAUUGAUGUUGUUAAAAAACGGGAGGAGUUGCAGAGGAGGAUAGAAGAAACCAGAAGAAAAUUACAAAGUGUUGGUUAUAGAUCGUUACUAAAAUCCAGCCAAAGCAUAUCUGAUUUGAGCAGUCACAUACAGGAAAAGCAUCAUCGUUCGAAUAGGCUCAACACAGGUAACAGAUCCGGUCAACAAAAUCAAUUUUCAAAACCAAUUAAUCCCUGCAAACCUAUGCUAAAUCCAAAGCCCACGUUUAAAUCCCAGCAAUCCAUUAACAAGGUUCAAGGUAUGGGGAAUGCAUUACCUAAGCUAGAGAUACCAAAUAAAAACCGCUUGUCGAAAAGUCCAACUAUGUUGUGCAUCAAUGAGAAAGCAAAAACAGUCCUUAACCGUCCGUUAACGUUGACAUUAAAAAAAACUGAAAAGUAUAAGCUGUCCUUGAAUAAGGCUAAUCAAUCUUUACCCGAAUCUCCUGUAUGCGAAGAAUUAAAACUGUUGAAAGAGCAGUGUAAGAAGAACAUAAGUCGGUUUGCAAGAUUUGCCCAGAAAAGAAGAUCUUGUAGCUAUUUUAUCGGUCUGAAUGAUAAUGAGAAAGAUAUGGCGAAUGUUGCAAAAUCUUUCGAAAGCUUACCUGCUAUGAAUGAACGUAAUGUGGAAAAUCUUAAAGAGACCGUUGAUGAUUCUGACGAAGGAAAUGGCAAUUUCAGUGAUGAUUCAUUGGAAGGAGAUUUCAAGAAUCCGCCUCGACGUUGCGUCAGUGAUUAUCAAAUAAACUUCCACAUGAAUGACUGCAGAAGUUAUUCGAAUUAUCAGAAUAGCCAGAAAAAAAUUUUAACUAGCUCUCAAGAAAGCAUACUUUCAGAUGCCUCCGUUGAGUCGUUCUCUAAAGAAAGUGCUGAAAUCUUGGAUUAUAACCAUUAUGAUCAUGACAGACACUCGAGUGCAAGCUUCUUUUUGUCUCGACGUAAGAUGCAGGAAGGCAGAAGUCAAGAAAGCAUAUUAACCGACGAGUCGGAUUAUCAGAUGUUUCCAUUACGCCAGAACGCUGAUCAUCGAAGCACAGAGAGCGUGUUAACCGAUGAUUCGGACUCCUUGGUGAAAUCUGCACCCCUGGAAAUGUUGUUUGACUCGCAUUACAAGCGAAAAAGGCAAAAUUCUGAAACCUACAGCGGAAAUCCUAAUAAUAUUGUAGAGACUGUCACGGAUGAUACACAAAGCUUUGCCAAUGAAAAUACAUUGCACAGAACGGUGUUUAGAUCAAAAUCUUUGCAGGACACUAGAAUCAACAAAGCAAGGGACAACACGAAUUUUGUAGAGGAUAACGCAUCAUUGAAAACUCAUGUUUACUGUGAAUUGAAUUUUGACAACGAACACAAGGACGAUGUGGAUGCGAUGGUUUGCAACGGUUCGGAAACUAUCUCGCGUAGCAGUAAUCUGAAAGUGCCUACGAAACCAGAAUCAAUGAUGAUCUUGAAUGAUUUUGUUGCUCACAAACCACCGAAACCUAAAAGAAACUCGUCUCGUACUCAGAGCAUGCGUAACAGAGUUAGACCAACCUGGAAAUAUAUUGACACUCCGUCCUCAUCACCUGCUUUAAAAAGCGUCGCUGAUUCCGACAAUUACACGGCGUCUUCCAUGAGUUCAGUUUGUUCCGAAUAUCGUGCUACGCAGGACAAUAGAGAAAUUAAGCGAGAUUCGAUUGAUUCGGAAGUAAUGCAACAAUUUUUACAGUCUGCGCUGCAAUCUGAUGAUAAUAAAGAUAGUGGAGGUGAAUUUUACAGUCUACAGACAUGUCGCAUCGAUAAGAACGGUACUUUGCAGGAUGAGCUGAUGUAUGACAGAAACGACUUGUCGCGUUUAACAAAAAAUCAUCAUAUAACGAAGAUUCAUGAUACGAGGGAAGGACAGUGCGCAUCUUAUGAUAAAGAGCAAGUAAAUUUAUUUGAAAACGUUCCAACGAAAGAUAUGUACGAAACUUAUGAUUCACUAGAGCCCAAAGGAGUCUCCUGCGACCUGCAAAGAGAAGAGCUAUCGCUCGGGAGUAGUUCGAAUUUACAAUCCACGAGCGAACAUAUCAAUGAUUUCAAUAAGAGCGUGGAUUUUAGAAUAACUCGCGCAAUCGAGGGUACUGUAAAACUACUUUCAAAGGAAUUUGAGAAUCUAGUAAAGCAAAAGCAGUACUUAACGAAAGAGAAGUAUAUGCGACUGACACAUGGUCAGGAGACUAGCGAAAACUUUGCCAAGUUGGAAGCUGAACGAGAUAGUAGAUUUUGUGCGAUUAGGCGUGAUAUACGGUUACACUCGUGCGGCGAGGACAGCGACUGCGCUGACGUGUCGGCGAUGGACAGAUCGCUAAUGGAGAGCGGUUCUUCCACAUCCGCCUCGAGUUGCACUAACUCACCUAAGAGAAUGUGGCCGCCCGCGUCGCGAUGUCCGAGUCACACAAAGUGGAUGAAAACUCUACCGACGAUUAAUCAAACGAUACUUUCCACGAAGCAUCCUUAUGCAGUUGGCAGUAGUGGGGGGCGAAUCUCGUCAAAAGUUAUUGACAGCGAAGAAGAAGAAGAGGGUGGCAUGAGGCGCGCCUGUUCGUUGAGUGAUCUUUCCAUCAGUCCUUCAAAUAGGUUAUUGCAUGGUCCUGUACAAGUUUCAGGAAAAUUAGGAAAUAAAAAUAUAAGCGCAGCAACAAGAUUAGGAGGUGUCAAUCCUAGCAGCCAAUCCAGAUAUGUUUCAGGAAAAAAUCACUCCACUCAUAUAACGAGAAGCAGCAGUGUUGGUGUUUUAAAUCAAAGCGACUCGGAAUCGGAUGCUGGUAUAACAGGGGGAAAUAGAGGCUGGAGUGGUCAAUCUAGCAUCAACACCAAGACAAGUGGUUUAAUGAGACCGACGAUCAGUUCUCAAAAUAAAAUCAAUCAAACUAAAUUGAGUUCUUCUAGUAACAAUGUUUUAUCAAUUUUAAGAAGAAGAGGAAUGCAAGGAGCAUUUUCGACUGUUAAUCUAAGUCAAGUGGGAAAUCAAGAAGACUCGAGUUCAGAGGAUACUUCGUCGAAUGGAAAUGGAAGAAAACCGGCACUACCGCCAAGACCUAGAAGUAUCAGUAUUGACCAUUCCUCUGCUAGCUUAAGUUUACCCGGUAUAACGGUGAGAAGGUCUGGAUCAGCAAUCAUCUCAAAUGGCCGGAGUGGUGCCAGUGGGAUUGGACAAAAUGGAAACAGAAUAUCUGGAGCGAAUAGAAAUCAGUUGGAGCCUAGUCCACAUGAACUACCAGUUAAAGACACUGAUCGUGCUAUUGAUGUAACUAGUGUCGAAUUAGGCAUGGAUAAAACAUUAGGUAAUCUAGAAAUAUCUAUUAAUGUU